AUGAAGUCCUUCAAGCGCCCUCUCUUUUCGUUCUUGCUCCCUUCGUCACUCGAUGACGAUCUGGAGCUGGUGGAAGGUCUGCUGGAGGAAGAGACCGAUGCGGCAGUCCCAUUGCCGAGCAAGCACGGCACUUCCACGUCGGCGGUGGCAAGCCGGUUGGCUGGGCUCAUCAAACGAUUCACAGCAGCACUCCUUCCGCACCCAAUAGCCCGUCGCGUGGCACCCCACCUCUACGCACCGCCACGGAUCCACGCGACAUCCUACCUCGACGGCCUCCGCGGCAUCGCCGCGUUCAUCGUCAUCUUGCAUCACUACACCAACCUCGUGACCCCCUAUCUCGCCUACUACAACGUCGACGCCACAGAAACGAGACCGUCAUCGAUACUCCAACUCCCAUUCAUCCGCGUCAUCUACUCCGGGCGGCCAAUGGUGCACAUCUUCUUCGUGAUCUCCGGCUUCGUUCUGUCCAAGAAACCUCUCAGACUAGCACGCACCCGCAACUACGGCGAUCUGCACACCACGCUCGCUUCUUCCAUCUUCCGCCGUGGUCUACGCCUCUUCCUACCCGCCGCAGCAUCGACGUUCAUCGUGCUCCUCCUCAUCCGCGUCGGAUGGUCUCGACAGCAGCCGAUCGAUGGUGGGUUCUUUGCUGAGCUGUGGGAAUGGACGGGAGUCCUGUUUCGCAUUACGCAGGGGUGGCGAUGGGAUAUUAUGCAGGAGUUCCGAUACGAUAUGCACACUUGGACGCUUCCGGUUGAGAUGUCGAUGUCCAUGUUGUUGUUCGUGACUAUCACAGGUCUUUCAAGGUGCGAGUCGUCGACCCGGCUUGCGCUGAUGGUGGCGCUCAUGUUGUACUGCUUCCUUAGUAGUCAUUGGGCAGCUGUUGAAUUUUUGGGUGGUGCGUUUAUUGCUGAGGUUGAUUUGAUAGAGGAGGACAAAGGUUCGGAAAGCCCAUCUUGCCUUGGGUCGACCGGUCCGGAAGAGCAUGCCAGCGACCAGGUCGCUCCCGACUCGACCUCUACAUCUUCCACGGUGCCAAAAACGCCGAGAUGGGCCGGGGUAGCUUUGGCUGUCUUCUGGUCUUCCCAACUGAUAGCAGCGCUUUUCCUCUGCGGGUGGCCGAAUAAAGAUGUUGAACAAGCCCCGGGACUAGCCUGGCUGGCCGAACAUUCCCCAGAUCCAUACUACUCAUGGGGCUUGGACGGCGCCUUAAUGGAUUGGAGAGCUACCCCAUGGUACAUAAUCGCUUCUCUGCAAAUCGUAUUCGCAUGCCAACAGCUGCGUCCUUUGCAAAGAUUCUUGAGCACGGAACCGAUUCAAUACCUGGCGUCCAUUUCAUUCGCUCUAUACCUCAUGCACGGGCCACUUUUCGACAGCCUCGGUAACAGAGUUAUGGAUCCGAUCUGGGACUUCGCCGGCGUGCCCGGAGGUAGAGCUGGUGUGAGGGAGGAAACCGCGAGUGCUUGGCAGCUUUUCUUUGUUUGGAUGGCAGGUGCGAACAAUGCCACAUACCCACAUACCCAAUUGCAACACAAAGCCUCAGAGCCCUCAUCUACUCCCUCGUUCCGCAAUGGCAACACCCGCUUCCGGCGCCAUGUUCAAUUCAACGCCACGGUCCGUAAACGGCACAAGCGCUCAUAUACAAACCAAAGCCUUGCAGACCGGCCUCAACAGUUCGACAACCUCGCCACCGCGCCCGUCGCCAGCCUGACAGGCGUCGGUGACUACAGCGGAGUCGAUUUCAACGCCUUCUCGGUCCUCGGUGAUCAACUAACCGGCGGCGUCGCUUCCCAAUCACCACCCAACCGCAUCGUGACCGACUCCCAACAACAAGCCACCAACGGAACCCCAACCGUGACGCCGGUCGCGCCGUACGUCUACGUUGAGCUUGAAGAUUGCUACUACCCAGAACGAAUCAUCUCGCAAACUUCAGCAAUGGGUUCUCUUGCCGCACCUCCAACCUUCCCUCUCCCCACCACCAUACCUACCGAUGACAAAGAGUUAGCAAAGCUAGCACCCUUCACUGUCUCCCUCCCCAACGGCUUCCUUCCGUUGUCUCUCCCACCUACAACCCUUCCCCCGUCCUUCUCCGCCCUCUCUUCUCUCCUCGCUCGCAUGCCCAUCCGCACCGCAGCCGGCGACCCAGGCCUCCUCGCCACAUUCAAACUGGGUGAAACGCUGCUGCGCGAACUUCCAGACCUGACAAAUGAGGUCGACAAGGUGAAGGAUGACCUGAGGACGGUAGGGGGUCUGUAUAGGGAUUACUGUUUCCUGGCGAGCGCGUACCUGCUCGAGCCGUGUCACGAGCGCCAUGUCAAGGGCGAAGGGUACGGACUGGGGCGACAGAGAUUGCCAGCCGUGCUCGCGAGGCCAUUGGCCAGAGUAGCGGAGAUCUCGGGCUUCAAACCCUUCAUGGAAUACGCCGGUUCCUACGCCCUCUUCAACUACCGCCUCCAAGACCCAGCACUCGGCAUGGAGUACGGCAAUCUCCGCCUCAUCCGCGCAUUUGAGCACGGCCUUGACCAGUCGAGCUCGGAAGCGGGCUUUGUGCUCGUACAUGUGGACAUGGUCCAGAACUCCGGGCUAUUGGUCCAGGGGGCGGUCAAUGCGCUAUCGGCAUGUGGAGAUGGCAAUAGGAAGGCAUUCAAUGCUGGAUUGGAAAGUUUGGUGGAGGCUAUGGUGAAGGUCAAUGGGGUCAUGGAUGGUAUGUGGAAGAAGAGCAAACCAAACGAUUACAACAGCUUUCGUACCUUCAUUUUCGGCAUCACGAAACAGUCAAUGUUCCCACACGGGGUUGUGUAUGAAGGCGUGAGCGAAGAGCCAAUGUCUUUUAGAGGAGAGAGCGGUGCGAAUGAUAGUAUGAUCCCGCUAUGCGACAACCUUCUGGAGAUCAAAAUGCCAGAGACACCACUCACGGAUAUCCUGAGCGACUUUCGCUCGUACCGACCUGGCAAUCACCGCCAAUUUUUGCAGUGGGUCAAAGAUAGAGCUCAGGACGUUGGCAUCCGAGUCUAUGCUAUGAUGGACAGGCAAUCUGCUGUGUUGUAUCUCCAUGCUCUGAACCAAGUUCGUGACUUCAGAUGGCGACAUUGGUGCUUCACAAGAGAAUACAUACUGAAGAAGACGACCCAUCCGACUGCCACCGGAGGCAGUCCUAUAGUCUUGUGGCUCCCCAACCAGCUCUUCAGCGUGUACGAUCAAAUGAUGGAGGUUGACUGUGCUAAUGGUGGCUUGCCAGAAUGCGGAGACAUCAUGAAUCUUGUGCGUUCGCAGCGCAAGACGUUGGAAAAAGAGGUCGAUAGAUAUUGCAGCGAGCGUAGCGGUUGA